UCUCGUUUUCCUUAAAAUCGCGAGAGCUUAGUACGGCCUUUCUCCCCGAGCUGCUGGCGAGGAAAGUGUACACAAUCAGAACACUUCAUGAUGAGUUAUGCUGAAAAGCCAGAGGACAUAACACGAGAGGAGUGGAUGGAAAAGCUAAAUAACGUUCAUAUUCAGCGGGCCGACAUGAAUCGACUUAUUAUGAAUUAUCUGGUGACAGAGGGGUUUAAAGAGGCAGCUGAGAAGUUCAGGAUGGAAUCAGGCAUUGAACCAAGUGUUGAUCUGGACUCUCUGGAUGAAAGGAUAAAAAUUAGGGAGAUGGUGCUGAAGGGACAAAUUCAAGAGGCCAUUGCACUGAUCAACAGUCUGCAUCCUGAGCUGCUGGACACUAACCGAUAUCUGUACUUUCAUCUUCAGCAACAACACCUGAUAGAGUUGAUUCGCCUGCGGGAAACUGAGGCUGCAUUGGAGUUUGCACAGACACAGCUUGCUGAACAGGGAGAGGAAAGCCGAGAGUGUCUGACAGAGAUGGAGCGCACCCUCGCACUCCUGGCGUUUGAUAACCCAGAAGAGUCGCCCUUCGGUGACCUGCUUAACAUGAUGCAGAGACAGAAGGUGUGGAGCGAGGUAAACCAGGCGGUGCUGGACUAUGAAAACAGGGAGUCGACACCGAAACUUGCCAAACUCCUCAAACUGCUGCUGUGGGCUCAGAACGAGUUGGACCAGAAGAAAGUCAAGUACCCCAAAAUGACAGAUCUUAGCAAAGGCACCAUCGAGGACCCCAAGUGAAAACGAUCCUGCAUCUCCAUGCUUGCAUUCUGCAGGGAACAAAAUGGACGCUUUCCCUUUCCUUAACUAUUUAUACUCAGUGACUGACACUCAAACAUCCUUUUAUCAAACUUUUGUUUUGUUUACUUGUUGCUUAUCAGAGACUUUGCAUUAAAUGGGCUGUGGAAUUGAGAUUAAGAUUUAAGGGUGACUUCUAGCCAAAAUGGAAACACUUUUUUAUCACAGAUGGAUUUCUGUGAUUUUUUUUUGUUACCGCAAUGUUUGACUUGCUGAGCUGAAUUGAUCGCCUUUUAGCUAUUUUGUUUUUGCAGAGGAUUAUGUUUCUAUUUUGUCAGUGAAUGUUCAGAAAGUCUACAAGUAUAGUUGAGGACUGAA